GCAGCCAGGGGAAUGUGGUGAAUCCACCACCAUGUAUGGGGAAGGUGGUAACGGUGCUGAGCAUUGACGGCGGAGGGGUUAGGGGCAUCAUCCCGGCCACCAUACUCGCCUUCCUGGAGUCCAAACUUCAGGAACUGGACGGUCCUGAUGCGAGGAUUGCCGAUUACUUCGACGUGAUCGCGGGAACGAGCACCGGUGGACUGGUGGCUGCCAUGCUUGCCGCCCCCAACGAGCAGAACCGCCCGCUUUUCGCGGCCAAGGAUAUCACCGAAUUCUACUGCAAGAACUGCCCCAAGAUUUUUCCUCAAAACAGUUUUAAUAUGUGCAGCGGAAUUCUGGGACCGACUGGUAGAUACCUGAAGGUGCUCACCGGCCCCAAAUAUGACGGCAAGUAUCUUCAUUCCCUUGUCCAAGGAAUUCUCAAGGACACCAAGCUGCACGAGACGCUGACCAACGUCGUCAUCCCCACUUUUGAUAUCAAGCUUCUCCAACCAGUCAUCUUCUCUUCGUUUAUGGCAAAGACAGACAGUGGGAUGGAUGCUCUCCUUUCGGACGUCUGCAUCGGCACGUCGGCAGCACCAACUUACUUGCCGGCCCACUGCUUCGAGACAAGAGACUCCCAAGGCGAACCUCACCAGUUCAAUCUCAUUGACGGCGGCGUUGCCGCAAAUAAUCCCACACUAACAGCCAUGACUCUGGUGACGAAGGAGAUCUUCAUGGAAAACCCGGACUUCUUUCCUAUCAAGCCCGUGGACUAUGGCAAGUUCCUUGUUCUCUCCCUUGGAACUGGAUCGGCAAAACUUGAGAAGAAAUACACUGCAGCUGAAGCAGCAAACUGGGGUGUCAUAAGUUGGCUCUACCAUGAAGGUGGCUCGCCUCUCAUUAGCGCAUUUACACAGUCAAGUGCAGACAUGGUCGACAUCCAUGCCUCCGUCCUCUUCCAAGCGCUCCACUGUGAAAAGAACUACCUCCGCAUACAGGAUGAUACAUUGACAAAAGAUGCGGCUUCAGUGGAUAUAUCAACACCAGAGAACUUGCAGGAUCUGGUGCAGAUUGGGAAAGCUCUUCUUAAGAAGAACGUCUCCAGAGUGAAUCUGCAGACAGGAGAGUAUGAGGAGGUGCCUGGGGAAGGCACAAAUGAAGAAGAACUCAUCACCUUUGCCGAGAAGAUCUCUCGUGAACGCAAGGCCAGGGAACCCAAAAUGGUCAUACUCGCCUGACCUCAUGUGAGUGUGUGCAUGCAUGCACAUGUACGCUUCCUUAUGGAC